AUGCGUCUACUUCUGGGAUAUUUGGCUGCUGUUAUUUUACUGAUGGUGCAACAUUCGAGUGCGGAAAUUGAUGAUUGCGAUUUCUUUGACACUGUAAGUCUCUCGGCAGACCAGAGGAUCCAGAAUGGUUCAUAUCUUUAUGAGGGAGUUCUCAUUCCCGCCCAUUUGACGGGUGAAUAUGACUUCAUUUUCGCAAACGGCUCCAAGAAGUGGGUCCCCAGCUACAUGAGAGGAUGUGUCUGCAAACUGAGGACUUGCGUCAGGUUCUGCUGUCUCCACGACCACAGUCUGGAUCCAAAAUAUAAUGAAGAGUCACAAUGCAACAUUAUGUUAGAGGACCACCAGGAAAUGAUCGAUCCUUUCGUGGACAUAACCCUUAAAAACGGGUCGGUGGUCAAAAGGCACUUUAAAAACGAUCUAAUCGUGCAGUGGGAUUUGCCCAUGCCUUGUGGCGAUCCAUAUAAAGUAGACAACCAAAAUGAAGGCGAUAAUUACACACUAUACGAGAAUGGAACCUUUAUACGCCACUAUGAUAACGUGGUUAUGAACAAGCGUGAAUACUGCUUGCAGCACUUUCUGUUCAAAGACGAAAAUAAUAAUAUAACAAAAUCUGUUCGAAUUGUAGCCCACAACUGCCCUAAUACGGAAUCUAAAACAGGACAAACCAUCGUGAUGAUCACAUCGCUAUUUUUUAUGGCUCUAACAAUCUGCGCUCACCUCCUUGUGGAACAGCUAAGAAACCUUCAUGGAAAGUGCAUCAUCUGCUACUUGGUCUGCAUCUUCAUGGGCUUCCUAUUCCUUCUCCUUGACUUGUGGAAAUUAUCGUUGUCCUUCUGCGCUUUAGCAGGUUUUAUGGGCUAUUUUUUCGUCAUGGCUGCGUUCUUCUGGCUUUCUGUCAUUAGCCUGCGCACCUUUACGAAGUUGUGCAACAAAUUCAAAUGGCUUUCUUUAGACGAGUUUGCGAUCCUCAACACUUACGCCUGGGGAUUGGCGGGGGCCUUGACCGGAGUCACCUACACAGCUCAAAAAUUUGUAGCUAACGAAAAUUGGAAUCCUCGUGUGGGGGCUGGCCAUUGUUGGAUCGCAACUAACGAAUGGUCUGCCAUGCUCUACUUCUAUGGACCGAUGGUAUUACUGAUUGCCUUUAACAUUACCAUGUUUACACGGACGGCAAUGGAAAUAAUGAAAUCAAACCGAGAAAUGAAGUUUUUCGAACAAAAGCAAGAAAGGUAAAUCAAUAAAAAAUAAUAGUGAAAUCAAUAUCAUUAAAAUCCUGUCAUAUUCCCAAACAGUCAUACUUAUUUUUUGCGGCUCUUCAUCGUAAUGGGUAUGACCUGGAGCUUUGAGAUAAUCUCGUAUUUUGUCCAAAAUGACACACUUUUGAGGAGGGCUUUUCUCGUGACUGACUACAUAAAUUGGUCCCAGGGUGUCAUCAUAUUUUUGCUGUUUAUCCUGAGGCGCAAAAUUCUUAAACCCUCAAAGGAACGGUGA